UCCACCAGCCAGUGCAAAUAAAGCUCAAGACUUACAUUUAAGAUGGUCAACGUCGGCCACAUUUUCGUGUGGGCCUUGCUCUUGGUCACCACUUGGGGCACUGAUCUGAGUGAUGAUGAGGCGCUCAAUGACGUUUUGGGCGAACUUGAGUUUGACGACUCCUCGCCGAGAUUAACGCGCGACACUUCUCUGUCGGCCAAGCACAUCGAGAAGAUCGAUGUGAAAUGCGACCAAGGUGGUGGUAUGAUGGUCGAGGUUGAGUUCUCCGAGGACUUCGAGGGAGUCAUCUACAGCCAGGGAUACUUCAGCGACCCCAAGUGCAACUACGUGAAGGGCGACCGAUCGGGACGCAGUUUCACUUUCACAGUGCCAUACGAUGGAUGCGGCAGCAAGCCCUCGUGCUCCGUUUGCGCCUCAAUCGAGAACAUCCUGAUCAUCCAGGACGACAGGGACAUUCAAAACAGCUUCGAUAUAGCACGGAAAAUAUCGUGUAGUCGGGGUGAUGAACGUGAGAAGACUGUAUAUUUCAAGCCAUUUGUCGUGGACAUGCUCGAGGUUAUAUCGGUGGAUACACCGAGUGGGCCGGUAGAGUGCUGGAUGGAGAUCGGCACGGGAACUCCUCCCAAUGUCAAGCCCAUCCAGGGCACUCUAACCCUGGGAACUGACAUCACUUUCACCAUCAACGUUAAGCACUCGGAACAGGCAUGGGAUAUAAACAUACUGCAAUGUUAUGCCUCCGAUGACAUGGACUUUGAGGCCAGGACGACGAAGAGAUUGCAGCUGUCGGACAAGAGGGGAUGCUCGAUAAAGGAGAAAAUCUUUGGGGAGUGGCGAAAGUUUGAGGCGGGCUCCAGUCUAACAUCCACCUACUAUAAUACACUCAAGGCAUUUAGGUUCCCCGACCGAUCUCAGGUGUAUCUGAAGUGUGACAUUGAACUCUGCAAUGGAGCGUGUAAGAGGGACUACACUUGUGGCAGUCUCAGGUCGUUGCCAUGCCCCGAAGGAUCAACUGAUCCUCAGUGUCUACAGGACCAUCUUAUCUCACCAAAGCCCCGCUGCUACCCUGGCUCCAGGGAGCCAGGCUGCCCAAAGCCCACUUCCCCUCCACCCACAACGAUCAGAAUACCAAUAGCCUCAACAUUCACGCCCAGGCCACGAUGCUAUCCUGGAUCCAACGAUCCAAGCUGUUCGGAAACUCCGCAAACUACGUCCCCACCCAGUUGUCCUUUGGGCUCAACUGAACCUCGCUGUCGCGUUGCGCCGCCGGCAACAACAAAGCCAAGGUGUUUUUCCGGAUCAAGGGAUCCGGAAUGUCAACCAGCUACCUAUCUUCCACCAACCACGAGAAGAUCUUCGACCAAGCCGCGUUGCUAUCCAGGAUCAACCGAUCCUGAUUGUCAACCGGCAACAAGGGCACCUAUUACCACAGUAAGGCCAAGAUGCUAUCCAGGAUCCGAUGACCCAGAGUGUCAGCCUGCUACAUACGUUCCGCCAACGACGAGGAGACCUUCCCUUACUACGAAGAGGCCACGUUGUUACCCGGGAUCAACAGAUCCAGAGUGUCAACCCAGAACAAGGCCAACGAUUACCACAUCGCAGCCAAGAUGUUCUCAAGGAUCCACUGACCCUGAGUGUCAACCUGCUACUUAUCUUCCACCAACAACAAGAAGAACUCCUAUUUUGACAACCAGAGUUCCAGUAACAACUUCAAAGCCAAAUUGUUAUCCAGGCUCAACGGAUUCUCGUUGCCCACAAACUCCAAGACCAAGGUGUUAUCCUGGAUCACCAGAUCCUUCCUGUCAACCCGCAACGCGUAUAACUCAGAAGCCACCCACUUCUCCACAGCCAAAAUGCUAUCCCGGCUCAUCCGAUCCAGAGUGCCUCAAUUGCUAUCCGGGUUCUCCCGAUCCGAGUUGUCCCAAAGUGCCAACCACAAAGAAAGCUGGAUGCUUUGAUGGUACGGAUGACCCAAGAUGUCAACCCGCUACCUACUUACCGCCUUCGACUCGUCGACCACCGACCAUUGCACCGCGACCACGGUGUUAUCUUGGAUCAACGGAUCCCAGUUGUCCACAACCAACCACCCGGACACCUAUUACUACUAUUAAGCCCAGGUGUUUCCCAGGCUCCAAUGAUCCCGAAUGCCAACCAGCAACGACUAGAAGACCCGUAACUACCUCCAAGCCAAAUUGUUAUCCUGGUUCGACAGACAGGCGCUGCCCCCAAGAACCCGUGACCACAUCAAAGCCGAGAUGUUAUCCUGGCUCAACGGACCCUGAAUGUCAGCCACCAACUACGGUUCGAACGACAAUUACAACGUCGAGGCCAAGGUGUUACCCGGGUUCCAGCGAUCCUAGUUGCCAGCCUCCGACAACAAGAAGGCCAAUAACCACGCCUAAGCCAAACUGUUAUCCGGGCUCCACAGAUAGUCGCUGCCCGCAGACACCGCGAACUACGCCGCAACCUAGGUGUUACCCUGGAUCCACAGAUCCUGACUGUCAGCCUGCAACUUACCUUCCACCAACGACAGCAAGAACAACGAUUGCUACUACCAAACCAAGGUGUUAUCCUGGUUCAAGCGAUCCGUAUUGCCAGCCACCAACAACAAGGAAACCAAAUUGUUAUCCUGGAUCCACCGAUAGUCGCUGUCCACAAAACCCACCUACUACAGCAAAACCAAAGUGCUAUCCCGGUUCAACAGAUCUGGAGUGCCUGAAUUGUUACCCUGGUUCACCCGAUCCUAGAUGCCCCAAGGUCCCAACCACGAAAAAGGCAGGAUGCUUUGAUGGUUCGGAUGAUCCCAGGUGUCAACCUGCCACUUACUUGCCGCCAUCAACAAAGCGGACUCCUACAAUUGCUCCUAAACCAAGGUGCUACCCAGGAUCAAAAGAUCCGGGAUGCCCUCAGAUUACAACAAGGGCACCCACUUCCACAGCUAGACCACGCUGCUACCCAGGAUCCACUGACCCCGAGUGUCAGCCUGCUACUUCCUCGCCUCCGAUAACGAGAGUACCUGUAACAACAAGGAUUCCGUUAACAACAGCUAAGCCGAGGUGUUAUCCAGGCUCACAGGAACCUGGAUGCCAACCUGCAACUAGGCCACCAAUUACCACCUCCAAGCCAAGAUGCUAUCCAGGAUCUCUGGACCCCGAGUGUCAGCCUUCUACUUACCUUCCGCCAACAUCUGUUAGAACCACCGUGCCAACUAUUCCGACGACCAGAAUUCCCGUAACUACAUCAAAACCAAAUUGCUAUCCGGGCUCAACAGACCGACGCUGUCCAAAGGAACCCGUUACAACACCAAAGCCUAGAUGUUACCCUGGCUCACCAAACCCAGAAUGUCAACCGCCUCCUACAACUAGAACACCUGUGACAACAUCCAAGCCAAAUUGUUAUCCAGGCUCCACCGAUAGUCGCUGUCCCCAGAAACCACCUACUACGCUAAAACCGAAGUGCUCCCCUGGCUCUUCAAAUCCUGAGUGCCUGAAUUGUUAUCCUGGCUCCCCUGAUCCGAGAUGCCCCAAAGUUCCUACCACAAAGAAAUCCGGAUGCUUUGACGGCUCACAAGAUCCAAGGUGUCAGCCUGCCACGUAUUUGCCACCAUCAUCUCGUCGCCCUCCCACAAUUGCACCCAAGCCCAGGUGCUACCCAGGAUCUACAGAUCCCAGUUGUCCACAACCAACUCAACCAUUCACGACUCGGAUACCUAUAACUACACAGAAACCUAGAUGUUAUCCGGGAUCUACUGCCCCCGAAUGUCAGCCAGCUACUAUUCCUACCCCAACCUCCACAAGGCCUGUAACUACUAUAACUACAUCGAAGCCAAAUUGUUAUCCUGGCUCGACAGACAGACGAUGCCCGCAGAUACCAGUGACUACAACAAAGCCUAGAUGUUAUCCUGGCUCCACUGACCCACAGUGUCAGCCUGCAACUUACUUGCCCCCAACGACAGUUACUACUGUCAGGCCAAGGUGUUAUCCAGGAUCCAUUGAUCCCGGUUGCCAGCCUCCUCAAACAACUAAAACGCCGAUAACCACAUCAAAGCCUGUUUGCUAUUUAGGAUCAACGCAUAUUCGUUGCCGCCAGAAUCCGCCAACGACUCAAAAACCAAAAUGUUUUGUGGGCUCUACAGAUCCUGAGUGUCAACCAGCCACGUAUCUCCCUCCAACAACCGUAUCACCCACCAUACCAACAACCAAACCAAGGUGCUAUCCUGGAUCAACUGACUCCAGCUGUCAACCUAAAACCUCUCCACCGACUUCAAGACCUCUUAUAACUACAUCGAAGCCAAGAUGUUAUCCGGGCUCACCAGAUCCUGAGUGUCAACCGGCAACUUACCUUCCUCCCACAACCUCACGCACAACGAUUCCUCCAACACGACCAAGGUGCUAUCCUGGUUCCAGUGAUCCUAGGUGCCAGCCAACAACGAACUUGCCACCGACAACUCGGACGCCUGCAACCAGACGCACGACCAUUCCCGUUACGAAGCCAAGGUGUUAUCCGGGAUCCAGUGACCCAGAAUGUCAACCAGCAACCUAUUUGCCGCCCACAACAAGAGUACCUGUAACAACAUCUAAGCCAAACUGCUAUCCAGGCUCUACAGAUAGUCGUUGCCCUCAGAAGCCACCUACUACUCCGCAACCCAAGUGCUAUCCUGGCUCAUCAGAUCCGGAGUGCCUCAAUUGCUAUCCCGGUUCGCCCGAUCCAAGAUGUCCAAAAAUCCCAACCACAAAGAAAGCAGGAUGCUUUGAGGGUUCAGAUGAUCCGAGAUGCCAACCCGCCACCUAUUUACCUCCGUCGUCACGUCGGCCACCCACUAUUGCCCCCAAGCCGAGUUGUUAUCCAGGAUCUACAGAUCCCAGUUGUCCGCAACCAACUAAACCUACCACAACAAGGACACCAUUAACUACAUCUAGACCUAGGUGCUAUCCCGGGAGUACAGAUCGCGAAUGCCAACCAUCAACAUAUUCUCCACCGACAUCUAGAUCACAAAUAACUACCCUGAAACCCAGAUGUUAUCCUGGGUCAAGGGACCCUGAAUGUCAGCCAGCAACUUAUGCGCCUCCAACUACAAGGACUCCUGUGACAACAUCCAAGCCAAAUUGCUAUCCAGGCUCCACGGAUAAACGCUGUCCGCAGGAAGUCGUAACAACACAAAAGCCCAGAUGUUAUCCUGGCUCACCGGAUCCCGAAUGUCAGCCCGCAACUUACCUUCCUCCCACCACCUCACGCACAACGAUUCCUCCGACUAGACCUAGGUGCUAUCCGGGUUCCAGUGAUCCUAGCUGCCAGCCAACAACGAACUUGCCACCGACAACUCGAACGCCUGUAACCACGAGGAAGCCAAAUUGUUAUCCGGAAUCAACAGAUAGUCGGUGCCCACAGACGCCUCAAACGACGCUAAGGCCAAAAUGUUACCCAGGAUCCACAGAUCCCGACUGUCAGCCUACCACGUAUCUUCCGCCAUCUACACCAAGGCCAACAGUUCCUACAACCCAGCCUAGGUGUUAUCCAGGAUCAAGCGAUCCCUAUUGCAAGCCACCAACAACAAGAGCGCCUCUCACAACCCCAAAACCAAACUGUUACCCAGGUUCCACGGAUAGUCGUUGCCCACAGAGGCCACCAACUACUUCGCAGCCCAAAUGCUUCCCUGGAUCAUCAGAUCCGGAGUGUCUGAAUUGUUACCCUGGUUCGCCCGAUCCCAGAUGUCCUAAAGUGCCAACCACAAGGAAGGCAGGAUGUUCAGAUGGCUCCGAUGAUCCAAGAUGCCAGCCAGCCACGUACUUGCCACCUUCAACUACAAGAGCACCUAAGCCAAAUUGCUACCCGGGAUCAACUGAUCCUAGGUGUCCGCAACCAACUCAGGCGACAACCUUAAGAACGCCAGUUACCACGACGAGGUGUUACCCAGGCUCUCCAGAUCCUGACUGCCAACCAGCAACAAGAGCACCUGCCACAACUUUGAGGCCAAGAUGUUAUCCCGGCUCCAAUGAUCCCGAAUGCCUGCCGUCAACUUAUUCUCCUCCGACAACAAGAAUUCCAGUAACCACAUCUAGUCCAAAUUGUUAUCCGGGCUCGAGAGAUACACGCUGUCCACAGGCGCCUGUAACUACACAGAGACCCAGGUGUUACCCUGGUUCGAAGGAUCCUGAGUGCCAACCCGCUACCUAUCUCCCACCGACAACGGCAAGGACAACGAUUCCGACGGUCAGGCCAAGAUGUUAUCCGGGCUCCACUGAUCCAGAUUGUCAGCCAGCUACAUACACGCCUCCAGUAACUAAAACGCCUAUCACCACGCCCAAGCCCCGCUGCUAUCCGGGCUCCAAUGAUCCGUCUUGCCAGCCCGCUACCUAUCUUCCACCCACAACUGCUAGCAGGUGCUAUCCUGGUUCCAGCGAUCCUAAAUGUCAACCUGCCACCUAUGCUCCUCCCUCGACCAGAGCUCCUUUAACUACUUCCAGGCCCAAUUGUUACCCCGGCUCCACGGAUAGUCGCUGUCCCCAGACACCGCCAACGACACCUAGACCAAGGUGUUAUCCAGGAUCAUCGGAUCCUGAGUGCCUGCCAGGAACAACGUCCAGACCUCCGAUUGCCGGAACCACGCCGGUAUACUGCUACCCAGGGUCCAUCGAUCCACGCUGCCCUGACUCCGGAUACAGGGGCACAAGCCGAAUUCCAGCCACAUAUCUGCCGCCACUGAGUGAUCCUGGCUACGAUAGAACCAUUCGGAAUGCGAAGACCCUGUUCUUCAACGAAAUCAAUCACUUGGCCUUCACCGACAACAACGUCUUCGAGCUCGACGACGACGAAGUCGAGAGCUCGAGGGUCAAGCGCGAGUUGAAACCCGACGAGGAUGACCUCCUGUCCAAGAGGAUCAUGAAGCGCGAGUCCAACCAGGAGCACAAUUCCGAGCAGGAAGUGAUUUCCCUGACCCUCGGGGUCAGAACUGGCAUCAGUGUGAAGUAGUCGUUGAAGGUCUAGUAGAUUGUAAGGCAUACAAAUAUUAUAAUAUCAUCAUACACCGAUAUGUAUUUACCUAGAAUGAUAUUCAUUAAAUAUAAACUAUGUACAAAUGUAA